AUGCAGUUCAAACUUCAGUCUAUUCUUCUCGCCAGUCUUGCUGCCUACGCCCCAACUGUGUUUGGGUUUAGCGAGCAACUGAACGAUGUCUUCCGACAACUUUCAAAAGCCGACACGGGUGGUAUGGUCCAACUCAGUGAGCAAGGUGGGCUACUGCAGUCGCUCGACAAGGCUGGCAACGUAAUUGCGCAAGUCGCCAUUACGUGGCAGCAGGAGGCCGAGAUACGCUACGAGAUGUCCCUCCAGUACGCAAAGGGGCUCGAACCUGGUGGCGCGGUGAAAAAGCGGUUUGAGUCGCGGAACGCUCUCCUCAAGCCUCGAGCUUGUUACAAUCUCGCCUAUCACUGCUACACUGCCCCCGAGUGCUUUCAAUACGGUUGUAGUCUCUGUCUUGGCAUUGUCGGUCGUGUGCUGCCACGAAGCGGUCUCUGUGUUGGAUAUAAUUAG